CGUACAAAAUUUUCAAGUGCAACAAAAAGCGAAAAAAAAACAAAAAGAAAAUCUCCUCGUCUAAUUGUCGCGACACUUUGGUAACCAAAAUUCGUUGUUGAGAAUUCGUGGUGAAAUCAGCCGAUUCAGCCGAUUAAGGUGGAGGAGGAGGAGGAGGAGUAGCAGCAGCAUGUCCUAUCAAAUAAAGCGUACACCCUAUUUCCGGCGCAUGUUCAACAACAGCCGUCGCAACGGGCAACUGCAGCGCCUGCGCGAGGAAUAUGAACGGAUACAGGAGUUUAACGAUCGCACCAUCGAGCUGAAGAUGCGUCAGGUGCGACUGAAGCGUCUGUUCCGUGAAAUUGAGGAUAUUAACGAGUCGCCGAGCACAUCGAAUGCCCAGCGCAGGCAUACAACGCUGGUGCAUUUGACGCCGGAGGCCAUACAGGCCCAGCAGCGGCGGGAGCGACUCGAGGCGCUGGAGCGUGCCCGUGAGCUGGGCCAGGAGAUAUCCCGACGCAAUGCCCAAAUGGCCGAAAGCGGCGCCGGUUUCUAUUUGCGCAGCGAACUCCGGCUAACGGCCAAAAUGCGCGCCGUUGACGAUGCCCGACGCGAGGCGCAGGAGCGACGCCAACGCGCCGCCCGUCGCAUCAGCUACGGCAAUGCCCAAUCGCGCUCCAACAUUGAGCGCAUCGUGCAGAGACGCCAGCGUCGCCUGGUUACCGGUGAUUCGGCGGCGACAUCAAUAAUGCUAGAUACCAGCCAUCAUCAGGCGGCCCAGCUGCCGCAGAGCACAUCCAGCCACAAUCAAUUGCAUCCGGAUCUAAUGAAGCGGGCAAUGCUGCAGCAGCGUUUGCAAUACGGCAACUCGCGCUCCAGCAACAAUAUGAUGCGCAGCCAAUUGGCUGCCGCGCAUCGUGUCAUGAAUUGUUUAUCGGCAACCGAUACGCUGACGGACGAAACGGAUCAGCUGCAGCAGCAGCAGCAGCUGCAGCAGCGGCAGCAGCUGCAGAUGCAGCUGGAUCAUAGAGAGCAGCCGUUGACUGUUGCCCAUUUCUCGCCCAGCUCCACCAGCAACAAUAUUGUCAACAACAACAGCAGCAACAACAACAACAACAACAACAAAAGCAACAAAAGCAACAACAUCAUCGUUGAUUCGGAAACAGAGAUGCAGACGGCAAUGCUGCCGCCAACGGAGCCGGAUAUGAUGCGCAACGACGAUGUGCCCACAACGAGCCAGAAUGCGCUCAGAUUGGCCGAUGUAACAACGGCAAUGGCUGCCACCAUAACGGACGCCAGCCAGCCGCCAUUGGCAGCGGCGCGCUCGAACAUAAUGCUGCACGAAACGAAGUCGGAUCGCGCCUCGCAGCGCUGGCAUCGCAUUCAGCUAACGUUGCCCUGGAUUAAGGUUAUGCACGAUCGACCGUUGUUGGCUUCCAGUGAAUUGCCAGCCGGACAGUUGCCCAUUGGCGGCGAUGAAUUGGGCAACAACAACAACAACAGCAAUAACAUCGAUAACAGCAACAACAACAACAAUAAUAAUAUGAAUAUUAAUAACAGUUACUAUAACCACAACAACAACAACAACAACAGCUCACCAACGGGAACGGGAGCCACAGAUAACUACCAAAGUAUCAGGGGACCAUCGUUAAUGCAAGAGGACUUGAUGCAGAUCAUGGAGCUGGACAAUGAGGGACAGUUGCCAACAAUGCAUGCACAUUGCAUUCAUCAAGCAUUUGGUCAAUAGCUUAAACGACAAAAUGUCUGUCCCAUAAAAAGAGGCCCAUAUAACACCAUCAGCAAGCUCCGAUAACAUCGUGGAUUGUCAGAGCAUUUCAUAAGACGAAACCGGAUGGAUCUGAUCCCUAUAUCAUAUCUGUCAAUUAAGUUUAUUGGGCGAUAAUCAAGUUUUUGCAAACACACAGUUCCUGCUCUAAAUAAUAACAAGAUGUUUUAUUGGGCCCGCGGAUGCAAUGGUUAUAUAUAUGUAUAUAUUUUUAAAUGUCAAGCCAGCCGACUGGAGAAACAAAAUACGCCUAAUGCGUAUUGUAAAACGCCCUACACCCUUCAAAAAAAAAAAAAAAAAAAAAAAAAAAACACAUCUACGAACAAUCGACGACUAAAUGCAGAAAAUUGUAUGCAACACAGUAUGAUAUACGCGUAUACCCUAUAUAUAGACCGUAUAUGGGCUAUAUAUAUGGGCACGAUAUGAUCCAUUUGCUUUAAGU